AUGACAUCUUUAACCGGGACAGUACCGCGGAUGAUGCGCCCGAGCCCAAGUCAGAACUACAGCAGGGCCGGAUUUCCUUUAGAAGUGUCGACGCCUCUGGGUCAGGGGAGAGUUAAUCAGCUGGGCGGAGUGUUUAUAAACGGCAGACCCCUACCGAACCAUAUUCGACACAAAAUUGUGGAAAUGGCCCAUCACGGUAUCCGGCCUUGUGUUAUUUCCAGGCAGUUGCGAGUCUCUCACGGCUGCGUUUCCAAAAUCUUGUGCCGCUAUCAAGAGACUGGCUCAAUCCGGCCUGGGGCUAUUGGAGGCAGCAAGCCCAGGCAGGUAGCAACGCCUGAUGUGGAAAAGAAGAUCGAGGAAUACAAGAGAGAAAACCCGGGGAUGUUUAGUUGGGAGAUCAGGGAUAAGCUGCUCAAAGAUGGGAUUUGCGACAGAAGCACUGUACCUUCAGUGAGUUCCAUCAGUCGGGUGUUAAGAGCCAAGUUUGGAAAGAGAGAUGAUGACGAAGAAAUGGAGAAGAAAGAGGAAGAAGGGGGCAGAAAGACUAAACAUAGUAUUGAUGGAAUCCUCGGGGAGAAAGGUAAUCGUUUGGAUGAUGGGACCUCGGACGUGGAAUCCGAGCCGGACCUGCCUCUGAAGCGGAAGCAGCGCCGUAGUCGCACCACAUUCACCGCUGAGCAGCUGGAGGAGUUGGAAAAAGCUUUCGAAAGGACCCACUACCCAGACAUCUACACUCGAGAGGAGCUGGCCCAGAGGACUAAGCUGACGGAGGCACGGGUCCAGGUGUGGUUCAGUAAUCGCCGUGCUCGGUGGCGUAAGCAGGCUGGAGCCAAUCAGCUGGCAGCUUUCAACCACCUGUUACCAGGAGGCUUUGCGCCCACUGGAAUGCCAACCCUGCCCCCAUACCAGUUGCCCGAGUCAUCGUACCCAUCAACUACCCUCUCCCAAGAUGGAGGGAGCACCGUCCACAGGCCUCAGCCCCUGCCGCCCUCUUCCAUGCACCAGAGCGGUCUGGCAGCGGCAGCAGAGAGCGCCUCCUACGGCCUGGCGUCCAAUCGGCACGGCUUCUCCAGCUACCCCGACAGCUUCAUGAACCCGACAGGACCCAACAACUCCAUGAGCCAGGUCAGCAAUGGACUCUCUCCACAGAAAGUUGGUGCUCAGUGGAAAUUGCAAUGUAGUAAUUGGCACCUCUUGGUGCUUCUGAACACUAAGGUGAUGAGCAUCCUGAGUAACCCCGGAGCAGUCUCCACUCAGCCACAGCAUGAUUUCUCCAUCUCCCCCCUGCACGGGAGCCUGGACACCUCGAACCCACUGUCCGCCAGCUGCAGCCAGCGCUCUGACUCCAUCAAGGCUGUGGAGAGCCUGCCCACAUCUCAGUCCUACUGCACGCCCGCCUACAGCACGUCUGGAUACAGCAUGGACCCCGUGCCCGGCUACCAGUACGCCCAGUACGGACAGAGUGCGGUGGACUACUUGACCAAAAACGUGAGCCUGUCCACACAGAGGCGGAUGAAGCUGAGCGAGCACUCUGCUGUCCUGGGGUUACUGCAGGUCGAGACGGGACAAGCUUACUGAGGGUGGCCCGGGUCCGCGCACCCUCGCCGAGCAGUAAUAAACAGAGCAAAACCGAGAGAGAAAUUGUCGCCGGGCGUGCGGCUGACGAUCUCUGAGAUACUGUGGGACAAUUCUAGAGACCUCGACCUCCGCGCUCGAUCCUCAGCGACCUCCGACGCUCCGACCACGUACGGCCGCCGUGCUGAAGCCCGUCGCCCACCUAGAAUUGCCCCCCCAUCCCAAAUUGUACAACACCUUCGGUGGUUUGUAAAGGUGUAUAUUUUUAUUGCCGUUCAAGUUACAUCCGCGCCUCCCAUGCUCCACCGCCACAGACUGAUUCCGUGGAGCCAGCGGGUGCCGUGGCCCGUUCGUCCCCAUCGGCGACACCGUGAACACGGGCUGUUCGCGGACCGCAAGGCGGGGGAGACCGAGAUGCACAUUUUGAUUACUCCAGUCAAGCCGGCAGAAACUCUCGACCCCGAGCCGUGAUUCCGUGUGGAAG